UACAGCUUGAGGAUUUUACCGGACUGUAGUUAGCGUUGCACUCUGUAUUAACUACAAGUCGAGGGCUGUAAAGCUCUUUCUGGGAGAAAAGUUGUCUUCCGAAGAUUUCUUUUUAAUGUUUUUUUGUAAUUUAAGAACUUGUUGUGUUGCCUGAGCAGUUAGGGUUAUAUAAUGGAGGAGGAAGAUGAUUGUCCAGAACUGGUGCCCAUCGACAGCCAGGCUGGUUCACCAGCUCGACAGAUCCCCGUCACCAUCAUCACCGGCUACCUGGGAGCUGGGAAGACCACACUGCUGAAUUAUAUCUUGACGGAACAACACAAUAAGCGGAUUGCAGUCAUUCUCAACGAAUUUGGAGAAGGGAGCGCUCUUGAGAAGUCACUCGCAGUGAGCCAGGCAGGGGAGCUGUAUGAGGAGUGGCUGGAGCUGAGAAAUGGCUGCCUCUGCUGCUCUGUUAAAGACAACGGGCUGAAAGCCAUUGAAAACUUGAUGGAGAAGAAAGGAAAGUUCGACUACAUCCUUUUAGAAACAACGGGACUUGCUGAUCCAGGAGCUGUGGCCUCCAUGUUUUGGGUCGAUGCAGAGCUUGGCAGUGACGUCUAUUUAGAUGGCAUUGUGACGGUCAUUGAUGCCAAGUACGGGCUGCAGCAACUAAAAGAGGAAAAAGCAGAUGGACUCGUCAAUGAAGCAGCCAGACAAGUUGCUCUUGCUGAUCUUACCAUUAUCAAUAAGACAGAUCUGGUGGAGGAGGAGCAACUGAACCAAGUCCGAGACACUGUCAGGUCUGUGAAUGGUCUUGUUAAGAUUCUGGAGACCCAGAGAUCAAGGGUGGAUCUCUCUGAAGUGCUGGAUCUGCAUUCAUUUGACUGUCAGGAUGGAGCAAAGCUUGCUGAGAAGCUCCAGCUUGUGAAACCUACCAGACCACACCUGGACAAGAGUAUUUUAACUGUGACGUUUGAGGUACCUGGAGACCUGUGUGAGGACGCCCUAAAUGCCUUCAUCCAAGAUCUGCUUUGGGAGAAGAAGUUCUGUAACAAAGCAGGGGAACCCAUGACCGUCAUCCGGUUGAAGGGUAUAGUAUCGUUUGCAGGUAAAGCCCACCAAGUGAUGCUGCAGGGGGUCCACGAGCUAUAUGAGUUUAAUGAGACUCCACAGCUUUGGGAGGAAAAUUCACAUACAAACAGGCUGGUCUUUAUAGGAAGAAAUCUGGACAAGAACAUUCUGCAGGAGAUUUUCAUUUCUACUGUUGUGACGAAUGGAGGAAAAAAAUAGUUUUAAGCUCCUCUGAAGAUCACAGUGGUUGAUUGUGAAGUAAAGGUUAUGGCAGAUUUCAUAAACUGA